CUUAGCUUCCACUAGUAAUUUAUUGUGUCUCAUUUACCAAUAAAUAAAACAACGAGAAUAAUCAACUACAUUAUUAUUAACAAUAGUAUCACUUAUUGUAUUGAAGUAUUGUUGUUAAAAGUCACAGAGAAACACAGGUAACUUACGAUAAUUGAAAGAAUAGUUCAAGCGUCGUGGGUCCAAAGACGUAGUCGUCAGUGACACCCGCUGGCUGGUAACUUUGCAUGAAUAUUCCUAAUUGAACAGUGUGCCUGUGCCUACAAACACGAGUGAACUAGUGAGUAGCUCAGUUGAAUGUUAGAAAGUUACUUGUUCGUUUUUUUUUCGUACAAAGUCAAGGAGCUGUCAGGAACCAGAAAACGAACAAACAAGAGGAAUAGCCAUAACAGUACAGAGUAAACAUCUCAUAGGACAAACACUAACAAAGAGGGAAACAACGAGGAUAAAGAAAAACAGAUACCCAGAGAGGAAUGAGAGAUAUACAAAUGUGUAAACAUCUGACAGGACAAACACUAACAAAAAGGGUGACAUAUAUAUAAGUGUAAACAUCUCAAGUACAAAAGAGGGGAAACAACGAGGGUAAAGGAAAACAGAUACCCAGACUCAGAUACAGAAAACAGAUACCCAGUAGGCGUGGUCAGAAAGUGUGAACAACCAUUGAAAAAGACUCUGACCCGUGACGUCAGUCGUGGCGACAUGUUAUGAGCCAAUAAUUUAACAGAAAAAUCACUGAGGGAGUGUCUUAAGACUGACUCACGAAUAGCAGGAGAAGUAAAACAAUACAACAUAAUGAGCGAGCAGAUGGGUGUGACAGGAAGUAUUGGCCAUUGGUUAUGUAGAAAAUUAAGGGCGUGUCAAGGAUGUAAGUCCGCCUAAAGCAAAGAAAAAUGUGGCCUAGAAAUCAGUGGUAUGAGUAGACCGAGCUUGGUUCUCGCCUCAAGCAGACCUGCUACUCACUCAGCCGAGAAUGGCUGUUGUGAUCUUAAUCGUGAGUAGAAAUUCGAGAAUCUAAGGGAAACCGACUGUAUUGUCCUGGAGAUUAUAAUGUAGGAGAUGUGAAGUAGGAUUGUGAGUGGGACAGGAUUGUGAUUAUUUGUUUGCGAUGUAAAGCAAAGGUAAAACCACUGGGUGUGGUAAAAUUGGGUGUUUCAAUGACUUGUAGUAGAUUAUACUAUAGCAGUGGUUCCCAACUUUUUCUAGUUUGCGGCACCCUUGGCAAGCCUUUCAAAACUUCCCGGCACCCUUAUAAGGAAAUAUAUAUUUAAAAUCUCCGUUGUUUUUUUAUUAUAUAUAUUUUUUUCAUUUCGACAUUUUGCAUCGAUGUAACAACACCUUAUACAUAGAUAUGAAAAUUUUCUUUACACUGAUCCUGCUAUUACAAAAAAUGGUAUUAUAAUACAAAUAUGUAAUUGUGACAAGUUUUACAGUAGUUGCACAAUGUAUUCAAGUAGUUACAGUGUUACACUAUGAUACAAGACAUACACACAAAUAGACAAGAGUGAACCAUGCAUGUAUACUUAGUGUGAAACUUGCGAUUGAUGCUUGGAACACAAACUCUUGAUAUCAGGUCUUAUUGUUGAUAAUGCCACCCGCAUAUCAUCCUCAAGUGAAAGAAGCCUAUUUCUUUGUUUCGAUUUUAUUGUUGCCAUGGCAGAAAAUGCCUGCUCACACAGAUACGAUGUGGAGAAAGGCAAAAGUAGAGAAAUAGCUUUCUUAGCCAAAUUAGGAUAUUCCCCCGAUGUUCCAUGCCAAAAAGCUGCCAGUGUCACGUCACUCUUCUCAAAUUUGACUUUCAGUGUUGAAUCAGCAGACAUAUCAAGAAAUUCGUCACGUUCUAUUGCCGUGAAGUCCUGUUCUUCAGCCAUGUCAGCCAGUUCGAAGGGUGAUACAAUCCAAUCGAGCUUCUCCUGGAUUGUAAUUUUCCAUAAGUACAAAUUAUUAUACAAAUUCAAUGAAAAGUAGCUAAGUUGAAAAUUCGAUCGCUAAAUUGUGCAGCAGCAGCAGAAGCAGAGAGAGUGAAGUUAAUGCAAUUUUUUCCCCUGAAUUUUGGCGGCACCCUCAAAAGAUCUCACGGCACCCCUUGGUGCCGCGGCACACCGGUUGGGAAUCACUGUACUAUAGGAAUGUGUUAUUAGGAUUUUGUGAAGAGAGUACAUAAUGAUUGUGAUGUAAGCAGAGAGAUACAAACCACUGCUUGUGGAACGACGAGUGUUAUUAUUAUUGGCAACAACUGAGCACAUAUUGUAGUAUUAUGUUUAAGACAUGUCGUUUGUCAUAUGUUGCAUCCAUUGCUGAAUAUGCCAGUGUUAUGAUCGUCUGAGCAUAGAAUAUUGCGUAAGGCAAUUACUUUCAUUUAAUUUUAAAUAAAUGUAUAUUUACUUUUUCCCUUGUUUAUCCCCGAACACCAGUCUCCAAUAACAACUUAAGCCGGAUCACGCUACCAGGGAUACGAGACAGUGAAAUCAUUUAUGGAGUAAUUAAUGAGUGAUAAAAGAGUUGAUUUAAUACAAGAAAAGAAGGGUCUAAAAGGAGGAGGUUGUAUUUUCGGUCCGGCAGUAUGUUUAUUCAUUUAUUUGUUUGUUUGUUCGUUAACAGUCUCCUGUGCACAAUUUUGCGGAUAUAUCAACCAAUUUUUCAGUGAAGCUUCGUGUCCAUCCAGAAUAGAACCCAUUAAAUAUUUGAUGUCAAAGGUCAAAGGUCAAGGUCAGGGUCGCACAAAACAUCAGAUUGGCCAUAACUUCGGUUCUCGUCAUCGUAGAGACUACAGACUUGGUUCAUAUUUUAACUCAUGGAAAGACGCACCUUGCAUGGCCUUGACCUUGAUGUUUGACCUUGACCUCGAAAAGUUUGCCCAAGGUCAAAGUUUCCAAAAAAAUAGAAUUUCAUCAAAUUUCGAAACAAAUGCUUCCAUAUGAUGCACCUUGCAUGGCCUUGACCUUGACCUUUGACCUUGACCUCGAAAAGUUCACCCAAGGUCAAAGUUUCCAAAAAAAUAAAAUUUCAUCAAAUUUCGAAACAAAUGCUUCCAUAUGAUGCAUAGGAUCACAGUUGAUGCCCAUACCAAUAUCCAGGACGAUCUUUGGCGGAGGUGUGCACUCUCCGAGUGCUAUGUGUCUAGUUGUUAGAUACUUUUUGCAAAAUGUUCCAUCAAUGUGUUGAAACUGUUUCUGUCUGCUUUUAUCGGUCCCUCGGUCUUGGAGUUCAGUCACUAAUUCCAGAAGGAAGUAACGGAAAAAUACAGGAGGCCUGAGUGGCUCGGGUGCAGCCGCCAAACUUCUAUAGCCCGAGGCAGUUCCAAACCGCGGCUCACCGCUGAUAAGUCAGCCCUAAGCGUAGCGGUGAAAUCGCAAGCAUUUGUCGAAAUUAAUUAUACAGAAGAAUUAUAUUCGCGCGUCCGUGGAAGUGGUCAGCGGGCCCGGCUACGACUUCGCGGGCCCGGGCUCGAAUCCCGGCCCGGGCAAUAUGCGUGCACUUGCCCAGCUGCUCACCCUCCCUGUCGGGCUGGUCGAUAAUUGGGGAAACCUGGGAAAGGUAAACUGUGGGAGUCCCGGGUUCAACAUCAGCCUGUGCCCCGGGGCAAUAGGUUCUUACCUACCACAGGCUCAAAGGGCCAACGGUUCGGAGAUGAGCACCGCAGCCACGCACAGCUAAAGCAUGUGCACCCACCUUUACCUUACCUCUAAGAAUUGUAAUCUAACAACCUACCCUUUGGGGGGCUUCCCCUUCCCUCCUCGACCCUUCAUUAUUAUAAUUUAACCAAACGAAACCUUACAACCUUAUGCUGUGGCAGGCGGCCCACCCCCUCUCUUCAUAUUAAUCUAACAAAUCGAAACCUAACUUUAUUUCUGGACAUGAGUAGACGCAGCACUACACACUGGGCCGAGAUUUGGGUGACAGAUGUAAGUAAUAAGUGUGUGGUGGUAUGCUCGCUCAGUCCUCCUGUAUAAUAUCCGAAGCGCCAAUAAGUACAGUGCUGUCCUCUUCAUAGAAGCAGUGUUGAAAGUUCCCUAUUUUUCUUAGUCCCAUAAAAGGAGCAGUAUUUUUUAACAGGUACAGUGUUACGAAUCAUCAUAAUUACAAUAUACUCUGACAGAUUUACAGAAUGAAUAACAACACACCACUCAUCUCUUUCACUUGAACAAAUCACCAGAAUAGAAAUAAAAGGCAUGACUUCAAUUCUUCAAACAGCAUUGCCAGCACAACCAUAGCAUGUCCCUUCCUCCUUCACUCAGUUCAUUAAAAAGUAGAACAUAACCUCCAUAUCAUACACAUCUAACAACUUGUAACACAUGAAUCAGACCUAUCCUCGACGUAUAUUUCUUUCUCUUCUUUGUCAUUGGCUCCGAAUGGCUUCAAUAAAGUGUAACAUACAGUUUGAAAUACGAGGUUGUCAUGGACAGGCAUUUCUCAGAGCACAGAUUUUAAUCUGUCUGUUGUGAAGGGAACAGAAGCAGGUAUAAUAGGAUAAGGACACGGAAACAGUCAACUUGUGGGCCUAAAAUUUUAAAUGUCUAAAUGGAUUGAUUGUGACCUUGAUAAUAUGUAUGUGUGUGUGUGUGUGUGUGUGUGUGUGUGUGUGUGUGUGUUACCAUAUAUUAUGUGGUGACGCUGCAACCGUUACAUAAGCUCAUUUGCACACAGCAGCAACACUACUUAACUGACAGUGCUCUGUUAUGGUCUGUCACGUCAGACCCAUUUGAUGGGAGCCAAACAGGUUGUUUUCUUUCUUUUAUGAUUACGUCUUCUGUGGAAGGAAGGGACAGUACAAAGUCCUUUUUCGGGUUGGAUGUUCUGUGCCUCGUCUGGGUUGUCUCACUUGCCCAUACAUCCUGCCCAGUAGCUCACCGGACACCAGGCAACAAACAGGCCAAUACAGAUCACACUCCAGACUUGAACUGUGCAUCGAGGUAGACGCGAGACAUGACCGAGAAAGUGCUUCCCUUCACCGUGGAGGACUUGGACAAAGAAGAGGCGUCUCGGCGGGUUGCCCGCGGCCUGACCUCGGCGACCGCGAUGGUGCUGGUGACGCCCGGUGACACGAUGCUCCCCAAGGCGUAUCGCAGGCUGGCACACGCCUACUACACCUUCCAAUUCCGCUCCGACGACACCUUGUUGAUGGCAUAUCCUAAGUGCGGCAACACCUGGACCAUGGAGAUCCUGUGGGCCCUGAGGAAUGUAGAUCGCCUCCACCUCGCCGACGCCACCCAUAUUCACGACAGGAUCUAUUACUUUGACCAGGAAAUGGUGUUGCCCAACAUGAAAGGCAACGGUUUGCAAAGCAGCCAAAGAGUUCUGCAGGUGUGUUCCAGCGGCGUGGCGGAGGGAGGCUCGGUGCUGCAGCUGGCGGCGGCCCACCGAGGCUCCCCAAGACUCCUCGCCACACACCUGUCCUUCGCCCUCCUUGCCCCGACCCUCCUGGACACGUGCAAGGUCGUGUACGUCGUAAGAAACCCCAAAGACGUAUGCCUCUCCCUCUACAAUUUCUUGUGCCUGAUUGGUAACAUGACUGGGGAACUGAGGGACGUCGCAGACCUCUUCAUGGCCGGGGAUAUAACCUUUGGAUCCUACUGGGCACACCUACAGCAGGCAUGGCAGCGGCGGGGACACCCAAACCUCCACAUUAUCUUUUUCGAGGACUUGAAGGUGGAUCUGCAAGGAGAACUGAGGCGAUUGUCUGAUUUUCUACAGGUGGAUGUGAGCGAUGAGCAGCUGGUAAGCGUGAUGGAACACGUCAGCCUUGAAAAAAUGAGGGCUAGGGAGAAGACGCACCCAGUGUUUCCGUCCGCCAAAGAGGGCGGGAGCUUCUUCCACGGCGGCGGGAAGGUUGGUGGCUGGGCUGCCAACGCGCCCCAAGACCUCGACGCAAAAAUGGAUAAGUGGGUAAGGGAGGAGUCAAACAAGCUUGGUAUAUCCUUCAGGUAUACAUAGAUAGCAAACCUGUAAAACCUGCUGAUACUUUUAAAGUAAAGAAAUAAACUAAUAAAGUUGAUAUAUGAAUGUUUUGGACAAGUUUGUUGUUACAUGUUUUAUUUCCUCUGAUCAACUUCUACAGCAAUAUUAGGUCCCACUUAAGCUAGGCUACGCCCCAAUACUACAUUUUCCGAGUUUCCUUUAGCCACCUUUUUAUUGAUGCCUGUAAGAUGAAAUUUAUACUGGGUUUACUUUCAAGAAAUUGUUAUAGGUAUUCGUAUAAUAAGCUAAAUGGGCAACCACAGAUUUAAAGAUCUUUAACUCUGUGGGAAACACAUAAUUUAGGCUAGUUAGUUCCAUAUCACUAAUGUGUUCCAGAUAAAGUAUAUCUUACAAUGUUGUCUGCAUUUAUAUUAACCUGAAUAUUCGUAGUUUAUCAGCCACGCAAAAGAAAACCUCUUAAUAUGAACGUGUAUGGCCUUCGUUCUGAAAGGGGGGUGGAAGAUUGCUCCUUCUUGCACGAGGGAGGAGCACGGGCCUUUGCCAAAGGCGG